CUAAACAGCAUUUAAACAUACUUUUACUUAAUUUAAUAUAAUAUGUAGCUAAAUUAUUCAAAACGCUCAAUCUGAACGCUUUAAAUAGCAUGUGUCGUUUGAGCCAGUAGAUAAUGUCAGCAAUCCUUGAGCUUUAUCAGCCACUACUGUAUCAAACCCUUUCAUGCUGCUCUUGAAAUUGAGUUUUAAGGCACAACCUUAGAGAUGCCAUCCUGAUUUCAUAUUAAUUCACUCCAACUGUUAGCACGCAGGGAGCUCUUCCCAGCUGUUUGUCCUGGAGGAGCCCAGGGUGCCCUUUUGAUCAUUUCAAUCUCUCUCUGGUACAAUAGUUCUGAUUGGCUGAACGAGUAAGAAAAGGGAAAAUCUUUAAUUAAGCAGAUAAUCUCUUGUUGGGAUGAGAGGAGCUCCAUUUCAGAACCCCCUUGGCUCACACAUGAGACCCCCAGCCUCUGAAUUCUGGAUGUAGGUUAUAUAGAGCUCUUGCAGACCCAUCUGCUUUCCAAGGUGAAGAAAAAGUCUGCCAGCCGUCUCUCUCAGGAUGUUCAUGCAUUUGGAGGUUUAUUAUUACGCUUUCAUCCUAAUGGCUCACAUGAGGUCUUGCUGCAGUUGGUCAGUGAAUAAUUUCCUGAUGACUGGCCCGAAGGCCUACUUGAUCUACUCCAGCAGUGUAGCUGCAGGAGCUCAAAGUGGGAUUGAAGAGUGCAAGUAUCAGUUUGCGUGGGACCGCUGGAACUGCCCGGAGAGGGCUCUUCAGCUCUCCGCCCACAGUGGACUCAGAAGCGCCAACAGAGAGACAGCAUUUUUCCAUGCCAUCAGCUCUGCUGGAGUCAUGUAUACCCUCACCAGGAAUUGCAGCCUCGGUGACUUUGACAACUGUGGAUGUGAUGACACCAGGAACGGCCAACGAGGUGGUCAGGGAUGGCUAUGGGGAGGCUGCAGCGACAAUGUUGGAUUCGGAGAGGCCAUCUCCAAGCAGUUUGUAGAUGCACUGGAAACUGGACAGGACGCACGAGCCGCCAUGAACCUGCACAACAAUGAAGUAGGACGCAAGGCAGUGAAAGGAACCAUGCAGAGGACGUGCAAGUGCCAUGGAGUGUCUGGCAGCUGCACCACUCAGACCUGCUGGCUGCAGUUGCCUGAGUUUCGAGAGGUGGGCAACUACCUAAAGGAGAAAUAUAACAGAGCCGUGAAGGUGGACCUGUUGCGUGGUGCAGGCAACAGCGCGGCCAGCCGAGGCGCGAUCGCCGAGACGUUCAGUUCGAUCUCACGCAAAGAGUUGGUGCACUUGGAGGAUUCCCCCGACUACUGCUUGGAGAACCGCACUCUGGGCUUGCCGGGAACAGAGGGCCGUGAGUGCUUGAGGAAGGGCAAGAAUCUGAGCAAAUGGGAGAAGCGGAGCUGCAAGCGGCUUUGUGGAGAGUGUGGUCUGGCUGUGGAGGAACGCAGGGCUGAGACUGUGUCCAGCUGCAACUGUAAAUUCCACUGGUGUUGCGCUGUAAAAUGCGAGCAGUGCCGCAAAACUGUCACAAAGUACUACUGUGUGAAGAGAACCAAACGGGUCAAGAACGAUAGUGCCAGCCGAAGGAAAAGCUAUCGGCUGAAAAAGAAGCACUAGAAAUGGUAUGAACUGUUUGUUACGGUGGUCCAGACAUUUUUGUCUCAGAACACACCCUGAACUUGGGAAUAAAGUGAGGUCAAAGGUCCAUCUGAAUGCUUUAAUGAACACCUACACUCUUAAAAUUAAAAAGGUACUUAAUUGGCAUCUAUGGUUCCAUGAAGAACCUUUAACAUCCAUGGAAACUUUCCAUUCCAUUUAAAAAAAUAUAUAUAUAUAUAUUUUUAAGAAUGUAGAUCUCCAUAGCUGUUACUUUGAAUGCAUUGAAUGCUAUUCCUAUAUAAAUUUGUAAGAUAGCACUGAACACUGCAUCUAACUGAUAUAUAUAGCACAAUAGACUGUAAAUAACCUUUUCAUUCACCAACAAGGAUGUACUUUGAUGGAUAAUUUAUUGGAAUUAUCAUUUUUAAAGGGGUUUUGAAUUCACUAUCAGGCCACUUCUCCAGCUGCCAUAAGAAUCAUUUCUUGCCUACUUUUCCUUGUCUGUUUCCAUCCGCUUUAGAAUUCUGACAAUAGUUUUACUCUGAUACUGUAUAUGAACUGUAAAUAAGAGGAAGCACUUUGUAUAUUGUUAAUUUAUUGCACAGAUACUAUAGUGCUGUUUUUCUAUGAUAGUUUCUUUCUAUGUUUCUAUGUGUUUUUUUCAAUUUCGUAAUUAAAGACACCUAAUAUUAUCAUCUUUUAAAGCUUUCAUUAAUUUAAGUUUGAAUGCAUGUGAAUGAGUUUUUUUGUAGUAAAACGUCCUCUGCUAAUGUCUUGUGCUUGGAAAAGUAAAUGUGCUUUAUAAUAAUGACAUUUUAAGUGUUACGGAACAGAAAGACCAUAUCAUAAAUCCCAGUCC